GCGGGCCCCGCGUCCUUCCGCUGCCGCUGCCAAUAUAACGAGGGGGUGCCGGUGCCCCAAAGCCCCCAAAUCCCCAAUCCCCACUCCACCAUCCAAAUCCAAUCGAAAGUUCAAUUCCGGGCGUGAUGAGUUCCUUCCUCGUGGUCUCCGGCAAUGGCGACGAGGACGCCUGCGUGGGCGAGACCCCCGUCGUGGUCUCCGGCAAGGGCGAGGCCUCCGUCGUGGUCUCCGGCAAGGGCAAGGACGCCGUCAAGCCCUCAUGCACGGCGCAGUAUUCCUGCGUCAAGCGGCUUCGCGAGCGGCGCCUCCUCUCCUUCCUCCUGGACCAAGGCUUCCACGGCGCCUUCAGAGAGCUGACCCGCGAGACGGCGGCGCUGUUCGACUGGAGCACAUGCGGUGGCUGGUCAGGCGGGGCCGGUGGUACGACGCCCUCUUUUACCUCAACAUCUUCCUGCCGCCGCUCAAAAGUGAGCGGAGGAGCCUCCGCGCCAGGAUCUUCCACAACUUCCUCCUCAUGCACGGUCGCUUCGCCGACGUCGUCGCCGGCAACAAGGACCCGUACCUGGACAAGCAGUAUGCCAACGGCCGCAGUAACUCCACAGACGCCGAGCGCAGGUUCCGUUCCAUGAACUACUCCAUACUCGCCCCGGACGCCGGCCAGCUCAGGGCUGCCAUCGACUGGGACAGAGUGAGGAGCCAUGCAGAGUUUGUUGUCCGCAAGAUGGCUCUUGCUACUCCAGAGCUGAGACGCCCGAUGGUGUUGCCGUCCCGCUGCAUGAUGCCGCACGAUGUACUCCCCAUUGGGACCGGUUUGUUCCGGAAGAGACGCGUGAAGAAACAAGGCCCCCAGCCGCCAAAAAGAGAAGCUACAGCUUUGAAACACCAGCAGUAUUGCAGACAGUUAAGGGAUUCGAGCGUCGGGUCGAAAGAUGAAGAACUGGGACUGCUGGUCAAUUUCCUUGAUGAGACUCUACAGGCUGGCCUACCUAGAGGGUGCACACUAAGCUAUGACCUUCAACCAAGCGGGAAGGAAGUUGAACUUGCUGCAGAUUCUUCUCAUGCUCCGUCUGCGCAGACCAUGCUUGGCACAUCCACAGAUAAAGUUAAAGUCCAUGCCACAUCAUUAGUGAGAAUUUCUGGUGCUCCAAUCUGCCAGAUCAUUUCUGGUGCCUUGAAAGUUCAUGCUAAAAACCCUGGGAUAUUGUCACCAACAAAUGCAGACACAAAGCGUCUGAUACAAGCAGGUUGUCAUGAUCGGAAUCAAAUGGAUGGACUGAGAACUGUUGAGGAUGAUAUUUAUCCAAAAAAGCAACGAACAGAUGGGGCAUUUGAUGAAGCAAGUUCGGUGCCGGCGUUUGGAGGCAGAGUGUCCACCGACACCAGCACACUGGUGAACUUCAGGCCGAAGCUGAGGCCCGUCUGCUCCAUGUGAAGACGGAGAUGGUUGAUGGGCUACCGCACCAACCGGUGCUGUUGCAGCUAGCAUUUGGUUGUUUGGGUCCUGCGGCUGCUCCUCUACUGCUACUCAGUGCUUGCGCCCUGAUUAUGUCACCUGCUUGCUUGCAACUUUGCAAGUCUCCUAGAACUCAUAAUGUUAUGUUAUGCUACGGUGCGAGUACUAUAUGAAGUCGUGGCGCUCUUGUUAAUUAGAGCUAUAUGGUCGAUGCUAGUAAGUCAGAUGUCAUGUGUUUUAAUGGAACACCUGCAUGGUCUUGGGAUUUUUUUUUGGGUGCCUACAAGACGCUAAUUGAUCUAGCUAAAUCUGGAAAAGCAAUUCUUGGUACAGUUUUGAGUAUGAAA